UGGUUCUUUGCGUGGAGAGAGAGAGAAGCUGAAGCAGAGUAGCCCACCAUAGCAUCUUGGUGUGUCGUUCACAUGCUUGCUUAAAUGGCUUGCAUACACGAGUUAGAUGUGGAUUCGUAUGCUGUUUCUGGUUGGCUGACUCUUUCCAUCCUCCCUUGUGGAUAUGAUACAAUACCGUACCUGAUCUCACCUUGCCUUGUCCGCCACAGCCUGUCAAGCUCGCAUUAGAUUUCUGCAGUCUUUGCUGCUCCUGGAAGCAAUUGCCGAGCUGCAUAUAUCCAGCUGAUGAGUGAGGCCACCACUCUCCUUCUCUCGGAUAUCGCUGAUGAUUAGCCACGGAUCGAGAUUUCAUGUGGUGUUCAUGGGGAUGAUAAAUGGAGGAGAGGAAGUCUUGUAGGAAGGAGAUGCUCGACAAGCACUGGGAUUGGAGCUUGCAGGAAUGGGCACAAAGUUGCAUCAGAUGAACAACCUAUUCACCACCUUGCAAAAGACCAACUGUAAUGUAGUGAAUGCAGGAUUGAGAAGCUCAGAUAUUGGAGCCAUAUCUGACAACAUAUCACUGAAGGUAAGCGUUGUUGGUGGUCUGAACCAGCUCAAGGCCUCGAUGGAGAGACAACUUGACUGUUGUGACACAGAUUCUCUAAGGAAUACCAUGUUGAAGCAUGAAGAAAUCUUCAAGCAGCAGGUGCAUGAACUCCAUCGUGUGUACGGAGUUCAGAAGAUGCUGAUGGCCGAGCUGGGAGAGAAGCAGGUGAGCCUCCACGCCGUUCCAAGUGAAGCAGUAGUAGCAGUAGCAGAUGCCAGGACCAGAAUCUGGAGCAGUGCUUCUACCUCGGACACCAGCCACUCUUCUCAUGUCAGUAACCUGCACCAGUCUGCACCCGAGUUGAACUCGGAGUACAGCUCUUUGAAUCCAUGGAGUGAGCACGUCACGGGCUUCGAUCUCGAGCAGCCAGCCGAAGAGUACACCUGCAGAGGAGCCACGAGCAUGGACGAGAAGACCACCAAGGAUAAGGAAAAGAGGAGCAUGAAAGGUUCGUUCUCGUGGCCUGAUGACGGAAGCGAGAUCGAGUUGACAUUAAGCAUAGGAUGCAGCAGCUCAGAUAAGCAGAAGAAGAAGAAGAAGAAGAAGAGAGGAGAGGAGUGCGGUGACGACUCCUCUGGUUUGGACAGAGAAGAAUCGAGGAGGUCUCCAUGGAUUCUUCGAGCUUUUAAUCUGAACAAGACAUGAAGCUUCCUUGCAUCUGGGGCAGCUCUGGUGCAGUGGCACGCGGCUGAUGAGAGGAGGCCAAGGGUGGGUGCGACGAAGGAUUUCAUGUGCUUGAUGGUGAAGCUGAUGAAUGAGAGAACUCGGAAGAGAGAAGAGAACCUGAUAGAACAGCACACGAUGGGGAUUACUAGAGUAUGAAGCUCAAUACCCUGCGACGAUCGCACCCACCGCAUUGGCUUGAAGACCGAUAGUUGACCUACGACUGAUUCCAGCAAGAAAAAAUCGGCAUGACAACCUCGAGUAAGCCUGUAAUUUAUGAUUCCGAAUACAUCAACUAAUUUAACUUUGCAUGCACUGAUGGAUUGCUAUUUGAUCUCCAUCUUACAGUAA